CACUUAUAAAUCCACGUAUAUAUACCCAUUCCACUCCGGUCGAAUAUAUACUACAUCCACUACGUAAUUGCUAAAAAAUCGUACAUCCACUCUACUUAGUCCCAAAGUGGAGUGGAUGUAGUGGUUCCGACCCUUGGCCACGGGUACGACGGAUAGCUGUCUCGCGCCAGCCAUUCCGUUGGGGAACUGGAGAGUGGACGGCCGGGCGAUUCGUAUGUCGAGCCUUCGCCUUCUGGGCGUCCCAUCCGGCAGGGGUUGAGCGCCAUGGUGUCAACUAGGUACUACAUUUCACUCUGCGACGCCGAACCAACCACCACCUGAAGGCCGGCCAAGGGCAGUGACUCGGCGGCGGAGUUUCCCGCGAGAAAUAUCGCUAUCCUUCCUGCCGGAGGCUAUAUGAACGCCCGGCGAGGCGUACCAUGCUGUCCUCUCUGAUAACAUUCCUCUCCCCUGUCCUUCCCGUCGCCUCCUCGCCAUGACCGCCAUCGCCACCGGACUGUGGUGGGACCACUCGCGGCCGGCCAUCCAGGCCGCGACUCUGACCCUGCCCGCGGAUCUCGGCAACGUCCUGCUCGGGGGCCUCACCUUGCUAGUGACCGUCGCCGGCGCCAGCUUCUGGAACAUCGCCGCCUUCGUACUCCACGGCCUGCGCGUGCGGGAGGGCGGCAGACCCGUCAGCGUUUUGUCUCUGCAGCACCGGGUCGCCCUGCGCAACUCGUCCGGCCCUGUCGGCACGGCGUGGGAGGCCGUCAAGAUGUAUCUGGCUUGGCACAACCUGCGGCCGCCCCGGCUUUUGGUCCGGACCCUGGCCGUGGUGGUCCCGGCGCUGAUCAUCCAGGCGGGCUUCGCAGCGGCGGCCGUGCUCGUCUCGCGGGUGGCCAGCCGGGCGAAUGGGUUUGUCGUCGCGAGGGUGCGGCCCGAGAACUGCGGCUUUUGGCACUUCAACGCGAGUGACAUUGACGGCAUGACGGCGGGAUGGAUCAAGAUGGCCAACGACACGAUCUUGGCGCGGACGUAUGUUAGCAACUACUACGCCAACACGACGACCUCGUCGAUGGCAAGGUCGAUCUUUGUCCAGCGCACGCUGCCGUACACCACCAACCCGGCGGCGCCGUGCCCUAUACCGGCGGCCGAGAGGUGCACCCUGGGUCCCAACGCGGCCUUUAGAAUGACGACGGCGAUACUGGACAGUCAAGAGAUGCUGGGGAUAAACGCCCGGGCGCAGGACCGCGUCAGCGUGCAAAUCAGCGCGACAUGCUCGCCGGUGAACCUCCGGGGCCUGUGCCGGACCACCGACAGACACUUGGUAGUCACCUUUGGGGGGUUGGCCAGCGCCGAGGACAAUGUCACGUAUCUCUACUACCGCGCGACGCCACGCACGAACGUCGGCUACAUGUUGGUACCUCGGGUCGCAUACGCCGGGGAGUCGCGUGGCUGGAAUCCGAUCCCCGAAUUCAACCGGACCGACGCCGACGUGAGCGUCUUCUUUCUCAGCCAGAACGCCGUCGCGUACCUGGAACCCGUGUACGACCCCUUCUUCUCCGCCCACAGCACCUACAAUGACGCCUCGUCCGGGCAGACCCUCGCCCGGCCCGACGUCAGCGUCAACGCCAUGAUCUGCACCGAGCAGUACGUCGUGUGCAACCCGUCGACGUCGUCGUGCACUCCCCCAGGCGGCUGGUAUCAUCUGAGCGACGCCGUCUUCGCCAAGAAUACGCCGGGCUUCAACACGGCGCAGCGCAACACCGCCGGGCGUAUUGUCACGGCAUUGGCCCAGUCCGACAUAUACACUAGCGUCGCGGGCGUCGGCGCGGGCGCGCUGUGGGCCAACAACGUCGCCGCCAUGAACAUCUCUCCCGGGCUGCCGAGCAAUCAGUGGCAAAUAGAGGUACAGGGCUGGUUCCAGACGAGCCUCGCCAAGUUGCAGGCCUACAUGGUCGAAUAUGCGUCAAACACGGCGGGGCUGGGCCCAUUUGGGAGGAUCGAUUUGCAAUACGGCAAUCGGAUGAACGUUAGCGACAGCGAGGGUGACGCAGCCCUGCGGGCACAGUGCGAGAACCAGCUGGUACGCACGACUGGCGACGUGACGAACUUUAGUUUUUGGGGCGUCAUGAUCAUCGCGUGUAUCAGCGCGUUUCUGGUGGCGCUGGACUUCGCGCUGGGGAGGAUUAUGAAUUUAUUGACUCGGUACCUGCGGUUCGGAUCGGCGGCCGAGACGGCUCGACAGGCGGAUGGCAAUCUGCACCUUCUGAGGAGGGCGUUGGGGAGUCCCGACGAGGAUGGCGUCCAGUUUCUCCAGGGCUUUAAAGCAUUGCACGUUAUGCCUCAUCGCCAGCAACCUGGUAGUGGGGGCCACUUCGGUCAUGCGAAACUUGGGACGGAUCUAGGAUCGAUCAUGACCACGCGAGUUGAGAAGGCAGAUUCGACUAUUACGUUAUUUAUAUCCAGGAAGUUAAUCUUCUAG